AGAAUUGGAGCCGAGGAGGAGCUGAAAAUGCAGAUUUAGCAUCAAGCACAGACACACACUAGCUCUUUCUCUCGGGUACACACAGCUCCGCACAUUCGCACCCCUGCCAGCCAGCCGGGCUGCGCGACUCCCCGGCUUCCCUGGCAGCCAGCUGCUGGUGGACAGCGUACAGAUUUGCUGUUUGCCAAGCUUCUUUUCUGCCUCUUUUGCUAUACAAAGAUUUUUUUUUUUAAAAAAAAAAAAAAAGAAAAACAGAAACAAAAACUACAUACCUAUUUUUUAUUUGCAUCUUCCCUCUUCGUCCCCUGCUCCACCACCCUGCGCGCCUCACAGCCCCACUUUUCACUCCCAAAGAAGGAUGGAGGGCGGUUGUGGAUCCCAGUGGAAGGCGGCCGGGUUCCUCUUCUGUGUGAUGGUUUUUGCGUCUGCCGAGAGACCCGUCUUCACGAAUCAUUUUCUUGUGGAGUUGCAUAAAGACGGAGAGGAAGAGGCUCGCCAAGUUGCAGCAGAACACGGCUUUGGAGUCCGAAAGCUCCCCUUUGCAGAAGGCCUGUAUCACUUUUAUCACAAUGGGCUUGCAAAGGCCAAAAGAAGACGCAGCCUACACCAUAAGCGGCAGCUAGAGAGAGACCCCAGGAUAAAGAUGGCGCUGCAACAAGAAGGAUUUGACCGUAAAAAGAGAGGGUACAGGGACAUCAAUGAGAUUGACAUCAACAUGAAUGAUCCUCUCUUUACAAAGCAAUGGUACCUGUUCAACACUGGGCAAGCCGAUGGAACUCCUGGGCUAGACUUGAACGUGGCCGAAGCCUGGGAGCUGGGAUACACAGGAAAAGGAGUGACCAUUGGAAUUAUGGAUGAUGGAAUUGACUAUCUCCACCCAGACCUGGCCUACAACUACAACGCUGAUGCAAGUUAUGACUUCAGCAGCAAUGACCCCUACCCAUACCCUCGAUACACAGAUGACUGGUUCAACAGCCAUGGAACUAGGUGUGCAGGAGAAGUUUCUGCUGCAGCCAGCAACAAUAUCUGUGGAGUCGGCGUAGCAUACAACUCCAAGGUGGCAGGGAUCCGGAUGCUGGACCAGCCCUUUAUGACAGACAUCAUCGAAGCCUCCUCCAUCAGCCACAUGCCUCAACUGAUCGACAUCUACAGUGCAAGCUGGGGCCCCACAGACAAUGGGAAGACGGUUGAUGGGCCCCGAGAGCUCACACUCCAGGCCAUGGCUGAUGGCGUGAACAAGGGCCGUGGGGGCAAAGGCAGCAUCUAUGUGUGGGCCUCUGGGGACGGUGGCAGCUACGAUGACUGCAACUGUGACGGCUAUGCUUCAAGCAUGUGGACCAUCUCCAUCAACUCAGCCAUCAAUGAUGGCAGGACUGCCUUGUAUGAUGAGAGUUGCUCUUCCACCUUAGCAUCCACCUUCAGCAAUGGGAGGAAGAGGAAUCCUGAGGCUGGUGUGGCUACCACAGACUUGUAUGGCAACUGUACUCUGAGACACUCUGGGACAUCUGCAGCUGCUCCGGAGGCAGCUGGCGUGUUUGCAUUAGCUUUGGAGGCUAACCUGGAUCUGACCUGGAGAGACAUGCAACAUCUGACUGUGCUCACCUCCAAGCGGAACCAGCUUCAUGAUGAGGUUCAUCAGUGGCGACGGAAUGGGGUUGGCCUGGAAUUUAAUCACCUCUUUGGCUACGGAGUCCUUGAUGCAGGUGCCAUGGUGAAAAUGGCUAAAGACUGGAAAACUGUUCCGGAGAGAUUCCAUUGUGUGGGAGGCUCUGUGCAGAACCCUGAAAAAAUACCACCCACCGGCAAGCUGGUACUGACCCUCAAAACAAAUGCAUGUGAGGGGAAGGAAAACUUCGUCCGCUACCUGGAGCACGUCCAAGCUGUCAUCACAGUCAACGCGACCAGGAGAGGAGACCUGAACAUCAACAUGACCUCCCCAAUGGGCACCAAGUCCAUUUUGCUGAGCCGGCGUCCCAGAGACGACGACUCCAAGGUGGGCUUUGACAAGUGGCCUUUCAUGACCACCCACACCUGGGGGGAGGAUGCCCGAGGGACCUGGACCCUGGAGCUGGGGUUUGUGGGCAGUGCACCACAGAAGGGGUUGCUGAAGGAAUGGACCCUGAUGCUUCACGGCACACAGAGCGCCCCAUACAUCGAUCAGGUGGUGAGGGAUUACCAGUCUAAGCUGGCCAUGUCCAAGAAGCAGGAGCUGGAGGAAGAGCUGGAUGAGGCUGUGGAGAGAAGCCUGCAAAGUAUCCUGAGAAAGAACUAGGGCCACGCUUCCGCCUUCACCUCCCCUUCCUCCCCGUCUCUGCCUCUCCUUGCUCCACAGUUCUGGCAGCCACCAGCCACCCAGCAAUUCCUGUUACCCCCGACACAAGCAAUCCCAGCCUGGUCUCAAGCUUUGCUCGCUGUCAAUGAUUAUUUUCACUACAAUGGAAGCAACCGUUUUUAUUCUGUAGCCCAAAUAUAGCGUUCCUACCAACAUCUAUGUCCUAUGUGUGACUCGACCUUUAUUUCUGUCAUGUAAAUGGGUGGUUGUGCUGCACUUGAAACCAGGAAAGCUCUGCCCUCGCUUUUUUUUUUUUCUUUUCCUAUCUGAGAAGAGAAGAGAAUGCAUCUAAAAAGCCACACAUGGUGACUCAAGAAUAUUCGUGGCCUCAGCUGAGAUGCUGAUAGAGAGUGAACUCCACAGCUCUAGCAUGGGGGUUGGAGGGUGGCUUGGAUUAAGCAAGACUAGUCAGGGAUGUAAACUGAGGUGCCUGAUGAGAAAAGAUGUGGUCCCCCAGGGAGCCCUGAAGCCCAAAUACUGGACAGGCUGAGGAAGUUUAAAAGGCACGAGCUUUGAAAGUUUAAUCCCUAUACCCAAAUCGUGUCCCCUCUGCUCUGCCAGGAUGACAUAAAAUGGAAACACAUGGCUCUUCUGUCACCAGCUACUGCUCUUCACUGGGACUGGACCCACUGGAGCAGCCAAAAUGCCUCUUACAUUGCCUUUAUCCACACACCCGCAGUUUUCAGGUACUCUUUACACAGCCAUCCAAGAGAGAAACUACCAGGUCAAUCUAGCUGCUGUCUGGCUAAGAGCAGUUUACCAAUUUUAGAAAUAGGAGCAUCCCCUUUCCUGAGUGGUUUUAGAGUUCCCUGUUAUGACACAACCAAGAGGCAAGAGGUUUUUUUGGUUUGGUUUGGUUUGGUUUGGUUUAGUUUUGAUUUUGAUUUGGUUUUGACAGUGUCACCCACACCAACCAGGGCUUUGAUUUCCCAAAACUAUCACUGGAGUGCAAUAUCUCCCUCCCUCAAGUUGUAAUUUCACUGGUGUUUUGGAGAAAUGAGUCACUGUUUGAGAAGGGGCCAGUGGAUGAAGGGGGCACAUCAGAAGGCAUGAGUUGCCAUACUUAUGUGGACCUCUAGUUGCUAGAAGCUUGUUGCAUGGAGAGGGGCCCAUGCCACCUCAUUCCCCAUAACUCGAAGCCAGAAGGGAAGCAAGAGACAAUCUCUUUCAAAAAAACACAUGUUGUCACUUUAGCAACCACGAGAAUAUCUAGCAAGCACCCCAAAGGUGACAGCUGUCAACUUUAAAAGACAUCGCUUCAUUCCCAGUUACUAUCUAAAGUAACCCACUGUCACUUGGAGUGCCUGCCCAAGGAUUGGCUUCCCACUCAGAUCUCAGUGUCCCCUGGUCCUCUCCCCACCCUAGGUUCUCCCCCUCCCUUCCCUGAAGCAUGUGCAGAGCCUGGAGUUUCUUUGCUGAAGCCAGCAACUCAGAAGCACUAAGGUUCCGUUCCUGGGGGGCGACUUUAGGAGAGAAUUCUGGGAAGCUUCUUUCAUUCCUUUUGUCCCCCAUUUUAGCCUGGAUUUUUUCUUCUCUGGCACCUUGUAACAUUCCCUGUGUCAUGCUUUUGAGUGUAAUAAUAUUUAUGAUUUCUAAAAGAAAUUUAUUAUUUGUUACAAAGGUCUGUUUAAACCACCUUAGAUUUAAAGAAAAAAUGGCAAUCAUUGAGAAUUCAUUUCACAUUAAUGGUCUGGAAAUAAAACCAAAGGACAUUCUGUGUGCACAUACACAUAAAUGCACAUAGAAAUAUAUAUAUACAUAUGUAGACUAUAUACAUGUGUAUAUGUGUGUAUAUAUACCUGUAUAAAUGUACAUACACACAUAUACCUAAAUGUGUGUGUAUUCUGUAUGUAUUGAAGACACAGACGCCAUAUACAUCUCUAAAAGAGUAUUCAGAAAAUAUCAAAAUGAUUCCGGCUGAGUAGAAGGCCGGUAGAGAUUCAGGUGAAAUGUCUGUUCAUCUCUUCCCAUUUAUGACACCUCUGUAAUUUUGAAGCUCUCUGUAUAAACAUUAAUUGUCUUAUAUGAGCAGCAGAAAUAUAAAAUAGUUGUCCAUAUUUUCACAUUUGUGGUAUAAUUUAUGAAAUUAGAGAGUAACUUAUCUGCUUCUUAAUAGAAAUGGCAAGUUUUGAUAUGAGUAUAUAGUAUAUAAAGACAAAUAGUGCUAAGUGUAAAUAUUUGGUCUCUAUUUCACCUUUGGCAUCAGUAUUAACACCAACUGUCAAGCUAGUGAUGUUUUUUAUGAUGCCCCUGAGUCUGAUGCAAGAGACAGUCAUUUAUUUUAAAAACUGAAAAGCAAGUGAAUAACAAUCAGGUUAACAUUGUUACUCCCUGUGACAAGAAUUUUUAAGUAAAUUUAAAAAUAUAUGUUGUAAAUUAGGAGGCUCAACAAUAAAACAUACCUUCCGGAAAA